GGAUAAACCGGAAACAGCUUCGGCAGCUUGUGCUCUGAACUGCGCAGAAUCGCGGCGUGGGUUUGCGCAGAAGCGUCCGGGAUGACGGGCGGGAGCGCCUUUCACAAAAAUUACAGCAACAAUAAGGACUCGGAACCCAGAAUCGACGUGGAAAUGGACCCGAAUCGACCUGAGCGCGAGCGCGGGGAGCUGGAGGGCAGCAUUCCCGCCGCGUGCUCGUCUAACGGCAGCGGCGCGGAGGAGGACGAGGCGGAGGCCCCCGGACGGACACGGGAAGCCGGGGCCUCGAGUAACCAGCACACCCCGGAGGGAGGCGGGGUGCUCUGCGGCGGGAGGGAGCAGGAGGUGUCGGUGGAAAUCGGGGAGACGUAUUUGUGUCAAAGAGCGGAUAAAACAUGGCACACGGCAGAGGUGAUUCAGUCCCGGCUGAAUGAGCAGGAGGGCAGGGAGGAGUUCUAUGUUCACUACGUGGGGUUCAACCGCCGUCUGGACGAAUGGGUGGGAAAGUCCCGCCUUGCUCUGACCAAGACGGUGAAGGACGCUGUGAGGAAGAGCACGGAGGUUGGAGGCGUCGGGGAUCUGGGAGACCAGCCCGAGAGGAAGAUCACACGCAACCAGAAACGCAAACACGAUGAGAUCAACCACGUGCAGAAGACGUACGCAGAGAUGGACCCGACGACGGCUGCCCUGGAGAAGGAGCAUGAAGCGAUCACCAAAGUGAAAUACGUGGAUAAAAUCCAGAUAGGAAACUUUGAAAUUGACGCCUGGUACUUCUCUCCAUUUCCUGAAGACUACGGGAAGCAGCCUAAGCUGUGGAUCUGCGAGUACUGUCUCAAAUACAUGAAGUACGAGAAGUCCUUCAGAUAUCACCUGUCACACUGUCAGUGGAGACAGCCCCCCGGCAAGGAGAUCUACAGGAGGAGCAACAUCUCUGUGUACGAGGUGGACGGGCGGGACCACAAGAUUUACUGUCAGAAUCUUUGUCUUCUGGCCAAACUGUUCCUCGACCACAAGACGCUUUAUUUUGACGUGGAGCCCUUCAUCUUCUACAUCCUCACUGAGGUCAACAAGCAGGGGGCGCACAUCGUCGGAUACUUCUCCAAAGAGAAGGAGUCUCCGGAUGGAAACAACGUGGCGUGCAUCCUCACGCUGCCGCCGUACCAGCGCCGAGGUUACGGGAAGUUCCUCAUCGCUUUCAGUUACGAGCUUUCUAAGCUGGAGAACACGGUGGGUUCUCCUGAGAAACCUCUGUCCGAUCUGGGGAAGCUGAGCUACAGGAGUUACUGGUCCUGGGUGCUGCUGGAGAUCCUGCGGGACUUCAGAGGAACUCUGUCCAUCAAAGACCUCAGCCAGAUGACCAGCAUCACGCAGAGCGACAUCAUCAGCACGCUGCAGUCGCUCAACAUGGUGAAGUACUGGAAGGGUCAGCACGUCAUCUGCGUGACCCCCAAACUGGUGGAGGAGCAUCUAAAGAGCGCCCAGUACAAGAAACCCCCCAUCACAGUGGACACCAUGUGCUUAAAGUGGGCCCCUCCCAAGAACAAACAAGCCAAACUGUCAAAGAAGUGAAGCUCUGAGACCUCCCAUGUCUCCUGUUUCCUCACACACCCUGUAAAUAGUUGUUUGUAGCAUCUGUCAGUAUUUUCUUACAAUAAAUGUGUUCAUAAAAAUG